AUGAUGAGCCAUUUAUUAUCCCUCCAAGCACCAACCACAGCAAUAUCGAGGAAGACGACUCCUUCGCCAUUCUCGCAUAUACACAAGGUAUGGGGUUGCAGUCAAAGUUUCGACGAUGUCUCAAAAGACAAACAAGUGAUACGUAGGGGAGUUUUAUUAGGGCUUGCAGGUGCAAUUUUUGUUAUGAAUGGUGGUGAUAGGGAAGCAAGGGCUGCUGCUAGAAGGCCACCACCACCUCCCCCACAAGAGAAAAAAGACCCAAGUAUAAGUGGUUUAACGGCCAAAAUUUUGGCCAGCAAAAAGAGAAAGGAGGCCAUGAAAGAAUCCAUUGUCAAGCUAAAAGAAAAUGGAAAGCCCAUUAAAGAAUAA